AUGGACAGCGAGGCAUUCCAGGGCGCCCGGGACCUUCUGGACUUGAACUUCCAAUCGCUGGCCAUGAAGCACAUGGACUUGAAGCAGAUGGAGCUGGACACGGCGGCGGCCAAAGUAGACGAGCUGACCAAACAGCUGGAGUCGCUGUGGUCCGACUCGCCAGCGCUUCCUGGGCCCCAGGCCGGAGCCCCGUCUAGGCUGCCCCGGUACAGCUCCAGCCCGGUCCCCGAGUCCUUGAGCAGCCGCGGAUCCCCCCGGAGGGCGCCCACCGACAGCGCAGACACCUCUUUCGGACGUUCCGAGAGCGCCCCUUCCCUGCUCCCCUACAGUCAGCUGUCCCCGAAGGGUCGGCCGUCGUCGCCCCGCACCCCGCUCUACCUGCAGCCAGACGCCUACAGCAGCCUGGACCGCGCGCCCUCGCCCCGGCAGCGCGCCUUUGAAGGCGCAGGUGGCUCUCUGGGCCGCGCGCCCUCUCCGCGUCCCGGGACGGGCCCGCUGCGCCAGCAGGGUCCCCCCACGCCCUUCGACUUCCUGGGCCGCGCCGGCUCCCCGCGUGGCAGCCCCCUGGCCGACGGGCCCCAGGCCUUCUUCCCCGAGCGCGGGCCCUCGCCGCGCCCCUCUGUCGCCUCCUACGACGCGACGGCGGCCUUCGGGAGCCCCCUGCUGGGCGCCAGCGGCAGCGCCUUCGCACCGCCCCUGCGAGCUCAAGACGACCUGACGCUGCGCCGGCGGCCCCCUAAGGCCUGGAACGAGUCGGACCUGGACGUGGCAUACGAGAAGAAGUCUUCGCAGACCACGAAUUAUGACCGCCUGGAUGUUUUCCAGAGGCCUGCCUCGCCUGGCCUGCAGCUGUUGCCCUGGAGAGAGAGUAGCUUGGAUGGGCUAGGGGCCGCUGGCAAGGACAAUCUCACCAGCGCCACCUUGCCCCGGAAUUACAAAGUGUCCCUUCUGGCCAACGACAGGCGCUCUGAUGUGGGCAGCUUCCGGCGUUCGCUGGGCUCCGCAGGACCAGCAGGCACUUUGCCACGCAACUGGCAGCCUGUCAGCCGCAUCCCCAUGCCCCCUUCCAGCCCCCAGCCCCGCAGUGCACCCCGCCAGCGCCCCAUUCCACUCAGCAUGAUAUUCAAGCUGCAGAAUGCCUUCUGGGAGUAUGGGGCCGGCAGGGCCUCACUCCCUGGCUCCCCCAUGUUUGCCCGGGCGCCUCCACCUAAGCUGCCCCCCCAGCCCCAGCCUCCCCCUCAGUCCCAGCCUCUCCCCCAGCCCCAAAUGCACCCCCAGCCCCAUCCACAACCCCAGCCCCAACCCCAANUCCCCCAACAGACAUGGCCCCCUGUGAGCGAAGGUGAGUCAACAAGAGACCCCAGGGGACUGGAUGAUGGGAGGACACAUGGCAUGAUGCCCUUCUCCAGGGAGUGGUCUCUCCUGACAGCAUGUCCAGAGUACAUUAAGAAAUACCCUUCCACACCAGUCGCUGAACCCCCGCCCUGUCCCCAGGAGAUGCGCUCGCUGCUGCGGAAGGCGGGCUCCCCGCGCAAAGCCCGCCGCGCUCGCCUCAACCCGCUGGUGCUGCUGCUGGACGCGGCGCUGACCGGGGAGCUGGACGUGGUGCAGCAGGCGGUGAAGGAGAUGAACGACCCGAGCCAACCCAACGAGGAGGGCAUCACCGCCCUGCACAACGCCAUCUGCGGCGCCAACUACCCCAUCGUGGACUUCCUCAUCGCCGCGGGCGCCAACGUCAACUCCCCCGACAGCCACGGCUGGACACCGUUGCACUGCGCGGCGUCGUGCAACGACACGGCCAUCUGCACGGCGCUGGUGCAGCACGGCGCGGCCAUCUUUGCCACCACGAUCAGUGAUGGCGCCACCGCUAUCGAGAAGUGCGACCCCUACCGCGAGGGCUACGCAGACUGCGCCACCUAUCUGGCAGAUGUGGAGCAGAGCAUGGGGUCGAUGCACAACGGAGUGGUGUACGCGCUCUGGGACUACAGCGCGGAGUUUGGAGACGAGCUGUCCUUCCGCGAGGGCGAGUCGGUCACGGUGCUGCGGCGGGACGGCCCGGAGGAGACCGACUGGUGGUGGGCCUCGCUGCACGGCCAGGAAGGCUACGUGCCCCGGAACUACUUCGGGCUCUUUCCCAGAGUAAAGCCCCAGAGGAGUAAGGUCUAG